GCAAUGGAGCUGGCUCAGGGUUUCCAGUUUCCAAACCUGAUGUGAUCUCGCAGCUAGAACGAGGGGAAGAGCCAUGGGUCUCAGACCUCUGGGGCUCUGAGAAAGAAGUGCUCCCGAGAGCUGCCUGCGCAGGGAGUGACUUAGGUCUGGAUUCUCUCUGUCCCCCAUCAGGUGAUGGGAGGGUGACUGAGAAUGAGGAGGAGACACCCCAGCAGGAAGGUGCUGAGCAAGUAGAACCCCAUGGGAUGUUAUCAGGAAGAUCGAACGGGAAUGUUUCUGGGAGUUGUGUGCUCUCAGAAAAAGCAAAAGCCUGUGAGACUGAGCAGAUGCCAGAGGAAAACUUCAGUAGCCACUCAGCCCUUAUUACAUGUGAGAGAAUCAACUUGGAAGAGACACGCUACACAUGCCUUGAGUGUGGGAAAAGCUUCAGUCGGAGCUCACACCUUAUCACACACUGGAGAACCCACACGGGAGAGAAACCCUACACGUGCUCUGAGUGUGGGAAAAGUUUCACUGACAGUUCAUCCCUCAUCUCACAUCAGCGAAUCCACACAGGAGAGACGCCCUACACGUGCUCCGAGUGUGGGAAAAGCUUCAAUCACAGCUCUACCCUGUUCAAACAUCAGAGAAUCCACACAGGAGAGAGACGCUACACGUGCUCGGAAUGCGGGAAAAGCUUCAUUCAGAGCUCAAACCUUAUCACGCAUCGGAGAAUCCACACGGGUGAGAAACCUUAUGGAUGCUCUGCGUGUGGGGAACGCUUUAAUCAACACUCGCAACUUAUCAGACAUUGUAGACUCCACACAGGAGAGAUGCCGUACACGUGCUCUGCGUGUGGGGAACGCUUUAGUCAGUACUCACAACUUAUCAGACAUCGUAGAAUGCACACAGGGGAGAAAAUCUACACAUGCUCUGAGUGCGGGAAACGCUUCAGUCGGAGCUCAGACCUUAUCAGACAUCAGAGAAUCCACACCGGAGAGACGCCCUACACAUGCUCUGAGUGUGGGAAAAGCUUCAGUUGGAGCUCAAACCUUAUCACACAUCAGCGAAUCCACACAGGGGAGACGCCUUACACGUGCGCUGAGUGCGGGAAAAGCUUCAAUCGGAGCUCUACACUUAUUACACAUUGGAGAACCCACACUGGAGAGAAACCUUAUGGAUGCUCUGAGUGCGGGAAACACUUCAUUGACAGUUCAUCCCUCCUCUCACAUCAGCGAAUCCACACAGGGGAGACACCCUACAUGUGCUCUGAGUGUGGGAAAAGCUUUAAUCACAGUUCUACCCUGAGCACACAUCGGAGAAUCCACACGGGUGAGAAACGUUAUGGCUGCUCUGAGUGUGGGGAACGCUUCAUUCGUCGUUCAGCUCUCAUCUCACAUCAGAGAAUCCACACAGGAGAGACGCCCUACACCUGCUCUGAGUGUGGGAAACGCUUCAAACAGAGCUCACAGCUUAUUAGACAUCAGAAAAUCCAUGAGAGAAAACUGUAAGAAAUGCCUUGAUUAGGGCUGGGCAAAGAUUUUUAUUUUUUUUUUAAUAUCACAUUUGCUAAUUCUCACAUAGUGAUCUGCGCACCAUCUUCACCGUGGUCUCUCAGCUCCCCCAGAUCAGUUGUCUGCUUCUGCCUUUUGCAGCUCACCCUUCUUUGGGGUCAGUCUUGUGAUCUUUUCUAUCAACUGCUUUCCUUUUGAGUCGUAGGAGUGUGUGUCCCUCCAGCCCGGAAUAUUCAUCAGCUCCCAGAAGGAGAGAGAGGUUUCAUUCACAACCAUGUACACUGAGAUAAUGUACACUGUGCCUUACAUCCACUAGGGCUGUACAUGGCGUUGGCUGCUCAAGUGAGUGAUCUUGGUGUGAAAAGACAAUUCUAGUGGUAGAGCAGAUGCAGUCCAGGUGCAGU